AUGCAAAGAAGAUAUGAUAUAUAUGGGCUUUUGGAUUUUCAAAGAAAGCAUGUUGUUGUUCUCCGAACUCUUCCCUCGAAGAACUUUCGAUAUUCGCGCGCCCUCAUCCACGUCUUAAAUAUUGGAAUAAACCAGCGCAUUGAUUUUCUAUUUAUCAUAACUUGGGCUUACCACUGGGAAUUCACCAUUUCUCCAUACAAUACAGCUUUGAACUUCACUGAAAUUACAAAUCGAUUCCUGGCUCGAGUAGAGUCUAUGACAUCAAAUGAAAAGAGAAUCCUAGGUUGUUUCAUAGGCAAGACAAUCAAAGCUCUUUUAUUCUAUGAAUUAUACCUCAUUGGGUCUGAAUCUGUUCUGUAG